AACUCUGUUUGUCUUUACCAUAACUACAAUGUUGACUAAUUCUCGAGAGUACCAAGAUAUUUUCCAUUGGGCAGAGACUCAGCAGGACGGAGCUGUGCCUUCCUUCGGAACCAGAAAGAAUGAUCCUUACGAGGUCGGUCUUCAACGACCAAAUCUUCUAUAUCGCAUGACUGACCUUGAGCAACAGUACCAAUCCGGAUUCAAUAACAGUCCCAGAAAUGUGCGGUUUGGUUUGUAUGCUGAGCAGAUGACCGCUUCUGCUUUUGUCGCACCCAGACACCUGAACAAGAAAGCAUGGCUAUAUCGAGCAAGACCCUCAGUGGCUCACCAAGGCUUCGUAAGUAAUCACCGCUGCUGCCAGAUUCCCUCGACCAACUUUUUCGUUAGANCAGACCUUCCAGACAACCUUGACACAGAGUCCAAUUUCCUUCCGAGUAACCCGAGAGUUCGUCUCUCUCCCACUCAAUUAGCCUGGCUUCCGUUUGAGAUCCCAAGUGGCAAUGAUGUCGACUUCGUUGCAGGACUGAAGACCAUCGCCGGAUCUGGUGACCCAACCCUGCGAGAGGGCAUCGCUACACAUGUCUACGCCGCGAACACGAACAUGGACAAGACUGCCUUUGUCAACUCAGAUGGCGACUAUCUCAUCUGCCCACAGCAAGGUACCCUCGACAUUCAGACCGAGUUUGGCAUGCUGUUCGUCCAGCCUGGAGAGAUUGUCGUACUGCAACGCGGUCAAAAGUUCAAGGUCAAUCUGCCCGACGGCCCAUCUCGCGGAUACGUUCUUGAGAUCUGGGGUGCCAACUUUGAGCUCCCAGAGUUGGGUCCUCUUGGUGCGAAUGGUCUGGCCAAUGCGAGAGACUUCUUGCAUCCCGUGGCCAAGUAUGAAAUCGUACAAGAGCCUUGGUCUGUCACAUACAAGCUUGGUGGCAAGUUCUUCAGAAGUACUCAACAACACAAUCCGUUUGAUGUCGUUGCCUGGCAUGGCAAUUACGUACCAUACAAGUACGAUCUCACCAAGUUCGUCAACGUCGGCUCUAUAUCUGUGGAUCACAUCGACCCCAGCAUCUUCUGCGUUCUCACAGCUCGUUCUCGCGACCCCACUGCACCCCUGGCCGACUUCCUCAUCUUCUCGCCGAGGUGGGACGUGGCUUCGCACACAUAUCGCCCACCAUAUUUCCACCGCAACGUUGCUUCGGAGUUUAUGGGUCUGCUGUAUGGUGACUAUGGCGGUCGUUCGGAUGAGUUCCAACCUGGCGGUGCCUCAUACGAGUGUGGUAUGGUUCCACACGGUGUCGCCUACGAGGAAUUCAAAGCUGCUACCGAGAACGAACCUCCUGUCAUGCAGAUCUCAAAGGGAGCUGUGGCAAUCAUGUUCGAGAGUUCGAGGCCAUUUACUAUCACCGACUUUGCCUGGAACACCGACAAGAAGCAUGAACAUGAUCCCAAGAUGUGGGACAAUCUUGUUGGUAUGUCUAACCAAACCAAACUCUUGUCCUUGGACUCUGCUUACCUC